AUGAUUGGAUCUUUGGCUGCCGCCGAGAUUCGCAAAAUCUGUCAGCAGCACGAUCUUCCCGUCACCGAUGCCUUUGCCCUGUUCGAAUCGCAAGUCACCUGGGUGGAAUUGCAAAUCGAUACCGCGCGGCUGCGUGCAACGAAAACCACACCGUCCGAAUUCUCAAAGCAGAUCGGAGACCUAAUCUUCGAUUGCAAGGCCGGAUACACCAUCCAUCGUCUGGUAAUGGUGGGUGAUGACAUCGACGUCUACAGCGGCAAGGACGUCGUGUGGGCCUUCUCCACUCGUUAUAGACCGGGAUUGGAUGUGAUAUUCUAUGAAGAUGUGCGUGGAUUCCCACUGGUUCCUUAG